AUGCUUACGUGGAACGGCGUGUGGUACAUCUACGACCAGGUGGUCGGCAUCGGCCUUGCUCCCGCGCCGCCCGACUGGGCGCACGCGCGGCAGGGCGCGAUUAGCCACGCGCUCGGGCUGCUGCUGCUCGGGUCGCUCGGCGCGCUGCGCAACAGCGUCGCCGCACCGAUGGUCAUCUCCUCGGACGCCGUCGCGCCGAUCUUUGGCGCAGGUGUCACGGCGGGCGUGGGCACUUGGCUCAACCCGUUUGAGAGGCUGAAGCGCCCGCCCGCGGUGCAGUCGCGCGGGGACUGGCACCGGGCGGUGGGCGUGCCAAACAUGUGCAAAGGCGAUAACGCGGGCUUCGAGGACGUCCGUUGGCGUGUUGUGCGCAGUGAAACCACCCCGGGGCCAACCGUCUUCGGUUUCGUCGCUUCCAACGUCCGUUUCAACACGCGCUCGCGCGCUCGCGUCUGCUGGCGCCCAGAGAACAUGUUGCACCACAUGCUCCCGGCGGAGCCCAACUGCUUGCACUCGACAAGGCAGUCCAUCCACUCGCGGCAGCUGAAGUCGAACUUCCACUCGAUGCGGCUCGCGCCGGAUUGUGAGCUCGGCGAGCGAGCGCUGCAAUUGCGACCGCAGUGGCUCAGCUCAGCCAGGGCUCGCUCGCCCGAGCUCGGAGCCGCCGGCGGUCAUGGGCAGCAACAAAGGUUUGACGCGUCGCUCGGUGCAGGAGGGCAAUGCAGUGGAGGUGCAGUGGCCGUCCGGCGCGCGCGCGAUGGGCUGCAGCUUCAUUGGCAGCUACCAGAGCGCGUCUGGAGCGCUGCCAUUGUGUGA